GCAGUUAUGGGCGUGUUUCUCUUAAAAGGCAGCGAGCUAUUGGUUACUCCGGAACGGUAUGUUUCAGUUCAGCAGAUAGGAGGGAUAUAUACAAAGGGACGGUACGUUGCUAUUUUUUCUUCCCCCUUGUGGAAUCUUUCAUCCGGGGGGAGGAAAUGCGAGAGGCCUGUUACCAAGUCUGGGUUUCAGUUAGUGCCAGUGGACGGGGGCUGCCUUUUGCUGCUGCCGCUCGGGGAGACAGUGAUAGGAAGAAGCUCUUUUUUGGGAGUUACAGAUAAAAACAUUUCCAGGAAGCAUGCUAUUCUGAAAGUAGUUGGUGACCAGUUUAGCAUCAAACCAAUCCACGUGAACCCUUGUUUUUAUUGGCCUGUUGAAGAUGACCAACUAUUUCCAUUGGACAGAGAUAAGGGGUAUCAGUUGUGUCCAGGUGACAGUUUUUCUCUGUUGGUAGACAAAUAUAUCUUCCAGAUUCUGUGUACUCCACUGGAAAAGGAAAACCUACUAAGAUAAUGAGAUUUGAUGGAAAAUGAUAAUCGUGGUGCAGAAGACCUGCCAGAUCAAAUCCGCACAACUCUGCAGUCUACCAUGAGAUCUCACAGUCAGCCUUAAGAACAAUCAUCAAUCCCUUCUAGCAAAAAAUAUCUUCCAGAAGGACAUUCAGUUAUGGAAAAAGCUACCGAAAUCCCAGAGAAGUUUACUCUUCCUAAAAAAGAAGAAUCAAGGCCUCCUCAGCGAAAAAGACAGCUACCAGAAUGGAUGCUGCCAGCAGAUCUAAUGGUUUCAAGCCAGUCAACCUUAGCCUCUAAAAAUGGUAGUAAUGAAGAAGUAAAGCCAGGUGUAAGUAAAAAGCAGAAGAUUCUUGAAAGUGAAGAUUCUGCCCUUCUAAAAGAGGGGGUAUUUACUAAAGAUGUUGCAAAGAAAAUACCACAGAAUGGAAGUAAAACAAUAUCUCCGAAAGCUGAAAGUUUGUUCGAACAAUUUAACAAUGAGCUGGAUGAUGAAGAGCUGGACCUGGACCUCAAGUCAGAUGGACAAGCGUCUCAGCCUGCUCAAGUACAUACAACAAAUAUAAAAGAAAACAAACUGGAGAGUGUUAACUCUAAAACCAGGCAGGUUUAUAAGGAAAAGCCGUCACAAUCAUUACUCAAUCAGGGUGAUAUUCAAGAGACUACUCUGAAACAGGCUGCUGGAAUAGAUACUUCAAAUAUGACGGAAAGUCAAGAGAUGCAACAGAGUUCUCACAUAAACAAACCCCUGAGGACUGCUUGCCAAUAUGGGGAAAGCUGCUACAGAAAGAAUCCUAUACAUUUCCAGCAGUUUAGUCACCCUGGUGAUAGUGAUUAUUAUGACUCAGAAGCUUUAACUCAGGUUGAUAAUGAUAGGCCUGAAUGUCCUUAUGGAACAGCUUGUUACAGAAAAAAUCCACAGCACAAGUUGGAAUAUAAACACACAGCUCCUCCAGAAUCUGAAAGAAGGCAGACAAGAACAAAAGUUACAAGAAAAGUAAGAAGUGUUCUUGCGGAUGAUAGUGAUGAUGGUGAAGCAAAUGAAUACAACUUGAAUGACAGUUUUAUAGAUGAUGAAGAGGAGGAAGAGUGUGAUCCUACUGAUGAAGAUUCUGAUUGGGAACCAGAUUUUCAAGACAAUGAUGGUGAAGAUAUGGACAUGCUUCUCAAAGAAGCACAGAAUUUUGUUAAAACCAAGAAGUAACUGCAUUCAAAUAUUUUGAUAGCGUUUAUAAAGCAUCAUUCACAAUAUGAAACAUGUAUCCCAUUAGGUAAUAAUGUCACUUUUUAAAUAGUGACUUACUUUAAUUUUACUUCAUAAAAUUGGAUUAUAUAUGUACAUUUUCAAAAUGUCAUGACUCCAUAGCUGAUAAUGCUUGUGGAAAAAUGUGUUAGGGAGUACAUUUAAGAUUGUGGGAUUAAAAUCACUUUUGUAGUGAUAGAUAUGGCUUUGUGAUUUAAAAUGAUGAAUGCUUUCCUAAGCUUUGUAUUAACACAUUUCAUUGCACAUAUGGAUAAAUAGUAACUCCAUUUGGCACUAAUUUGGAUUUCAUUUCUUUAUUCUGUCAGAUUGAUAAUAAAGCUGUAAAUAGUAACUGCAUUUUCUUGUAAUAUGCUAUUUAACAUUACAAGUAAUAUUAUUUCUAUUUGAAAAAAAAGUAUAUAAAUUUAUUCUGAAAGACAA